AUGCCGCUCGAGAUUGGUUCUCUCGCGUCUCGGCCAUCGCUUGGGCUCCGCGACCAAUCGACACGCUUCGCUGUCCCAUCCAUUCUGUCCAGGCACCGCAACGACGUGCCUGUCGUCUCUACGCUCUGUCUGUCUCUACGCGCUCCACUUCUGCCGUUCCCGUCGUCUUGCCGACUAUACAAAAUCCGAUUAGUCGAAAAGCCG